AGCUGACAUCGUACCGGUAUAUUAACAGUUUCAACCCUUUUUCAACAGUGUUUCAAUCAUGCCAAAGUCAAAGACAAAGAGGCCGAUAAAGAAAAAUCUGGUGUGUUGUAACUGUGGGCGUAAUAUAAACAAUGAAUUACAGAGGCGAAAACUUACUGCAAAAAUAAAAAGCCAAAAUUGUCAAAUUUCUUCGAUAGACGCCCUGAAAGCACUUGGAAUAGAAUUUGGCCCAGGUGAAGGGAGGCGUCAUCUGAUCUGCCCAGUGUGCGCAAAAAUUUUAGGCAAAUUAUCUAAUGCCAUUGGAAGUUUGAAGGCAUUGCUAUCAACUCUCAAAGAAGUAACCAAUGAUGCUCAUACUCCUGUGGGAUAUAAGAUCAAACGAGUACUGGAAGGGUCCGCAGAUGGAGAGUUUUACUUCAAGGCGAAAAGAAAAAGGAGAAAGACCAAAACUGGCAGCAGUGAUGAUGGCAGCUGCAUAAUUGACACCCCUCUGUCUCAAGAUCAGAUAAUGGACAUCUUUCCUCAUGUUGCAUCAGAUCUACCACCUGACCGUUACAAGAAGGUGAUGAAGCAUAUAAAAUCAUCAAAGAGUUUGGACUCCUUCAUGAUUGAAUCAGUUUGCAAGAAAAUUAGCGCAGAGAUGAAAUCGGGUCAAUCUAUUUUCUCAAUCGAUGCCGAAUGUAAGACAAAGUCAAUGGAGAAAUAUUCAUGGAGAGCUGCACACAGAAGUUUAAAGGUGAGGUGUCCAACACUCAUGAACAUUUUGGAAAGCACACUGGAAAGAAAACCUGUGAGGAAUGACAAUAAUCGGCUCACAAUGACAGCAGCUCACUUGUUCUUUAUUAGAUCUUCAAGGCAAAGAAUCUGCCAAGAACUGAUUGGUCGACUUCUUUGGUAUGCUGGGACAAACAGGAAGACUUUUCUGAGGCUCAGCAGACUUGGACUUUGUUCCUGCAUCAAAACCACAAGAGAUAGUAUAAAUUCUUUGAAAAGUGAAUUAAAUGACACAAUCGACCAACAAAAACAGAGAAUCGCAGAACUACAGUCAACGGACCGUAAAGCGAUGAUGAAACCUUCUAGCGAUGAUUGGACGGAAGUUGAAAAUUGGGAGACAGAGCAAGGUCUUUUUGACACCCAAAACGAUCAUCAUGGUGAUAGUCGUACUAUGGUUCCACAAGCAGGUGCAGUUGUAGAAGUUGUUGAUGCUGAUACCCCGAUAGAUCUUGGUGGAAACAGCCAAGUUAUGAUCUCACGAAACGGCGAAGUGGUAGAGGUAAGCGUGGUAACAACAAUGGAAUCUCAGGAUGACAGUCAAGCGGCACAAACAGAAAAAGAGAAUAAAGCUGAUGACACCCCAGCAUCACCCUUGGGAUUUACGUUGACCUUUGACACUGUCAAUCAGACACUACCAAAGUUUCAACCAAGCGAAGGAAAACUCACCAAAGAGGUUAACUUUCUCAAUUCCUACGGAGAGAUUGACCGUGUUCCAUGUUUCCAUCUCAGCGAUGAGCCACCAUCUUUGGAACAGUUGUCGAGUAUUGGCGAAGAUGUCUUCCUCCCCUCUACUGGAGAUAUUGAUAUGCUCAGGUAUGAGUAUGAAGUGAUGAUAUCCCGAAUACUCUGCAAUCACAUUCCUUGUUUCAAGGACAUGUGCAUCAUGGAACAGAUACCACACCCGUAUCUUGAAGAGAUGAAGAAGAAAAGUAUCUUGGUACCUUUGGGAGUUCUUGAGAAAGAUGAAACCAAACUUUCAGAGAUGAUAGACGCAUUGGACCAUUGGCACAAAUACGUUCCUGGACAGAAGUCACCUAUCCCCAUGGUUCUCUAUGGUAGUGCACAGUCCUGUGACAGAGUCAGAGAUGCCAUCGGAGCCCGAAGGAAUGCGGAUACACCUUGGAGUAGACUAAGUGGGUUAAUGCCAUCCGCACAGGAGUGGCACAAGCGGAAACUGUUGCUUGAGGACACAUACAAGCUUCUCUAUGAUGCAAAGAGUGUCAAAUCAUGUGGAAGUUUAUCCUAUGUCCGGGACACCUACAUGCGUACUUAUGCAACAGCGAAAGUCGAUGUGUCUUUCGAGCCCUUGACCAACCUUCUGAGGUUCACAACAGAAGCAUACGUGUUGGCUGCAGCAUGUGAAUACAUGGGCAUACAGAAGCUGAGUGAUACCCCUAAAGAUCUGCCAGAAGACCCAGAUGAAUUGUCAUCCUAUUUCAGUAACACAUGUAAAUAUGUGCUGGAGAUGUCUUUCCAUCCUUACCAGAUAGGGGAUUCUGCCAAGGGAAUCAAAACCUUGAACCAAGGGGAUGCUAUGGAGCUUGAUGAGGAUGAAGGCCCUUUCUGCGUAUGCAAAGAAACAAAAAGAAAAGGGAGAAUGAUAAGAUGUGCAUAUGAAAGCUGUGAGAAGGGGAAAUGGUUCCACCAUGAGUGCAUGCGGCUGAAGCAAUCUAAGAUCCCCAAAGGUGACUGGUUUUGCAGCAUCAGAUGUCGGCGGCAGCAUCAACAGAAGGGUGGAGGUGAACAGGAGAGACCGAAGGAUGAUGUGGACUCAAAAUACGAAUAUUCCAAAGCUCUGCUCCAUCUUGGACUCGGUGAGAUGGUACGUCAUGAUGCGAUACGAGAAGGAGACGGUAAUCGCAUGAUCCAACAUUGGCUUCUUGAUCUUCCACACUUCUUUGACAAACACCACUCAAAGUACUUCAGUGAAGGACACCAGCUUCUCAUGAAUGUUAAUGGGGGAGUGUCGGACAGGCUAGCGUACCAAAUGAAAUGGAAUCGGACGGUGAAUGUGUAUGGUGGUGAAGGAAAAAAUGUAGGAAAAGAUUAUGGAAUGGAGAGUAUGAAUAAAGACUUCAUGAGUGUACUGAGAGAUACAUCAUCAAACUUUAGCAAGGAUCUUGUAAUCUCACGUUAUAGUCAAGUAGUUGUUAUGGAAGAAACAGUGAAUAGGUCUUUCGAUAUUAAGGUUACAGGAAGACCGACGCCCACUGCACCGGAUGCUGCUCACAUAAAAGCAUCCGAUACUGUAGAUUUGGCUGAACUCCUAGUCAAGAAUAGGUGCUUGGUGAAUGUGCCUGGAAGAUCACAUACAGGAUUCGAAGACUUCAAGUUUCAACAAAGAGUUGAUCUGGAGAGGUAUAGGGCCAAGAUAUCAGCCUUGAAAGAGAAAAGACUAAAACAGGCUAAAUUUGCAAAACUAAUGGAAUAAGAUUUAUGACAGAUGUUAAGUGUGGUAAUACACCUGUAAAUACCAUCUAUCAAUAUACAUCAAACUCUGAAUCUUGCAAUCUGGCCACAUUUGUGUGCUGCCAUUCAUGUUGUUAGAUUUUAUCAUAUGCACAUAUUUGACCUACAACCUACACACAUUUGAUUUAAUUGCCAAAUAAGAUUGAGGUUGCUCUAUAGCAUUUUACGACACCUCAAAAAUAUCUUAUUUUCUUUGUACACAAACAUGUUGCCAAGUUUUGUUGCACUAUGUACAGACAAGUGUAAGUGAUAUUUCAUUUUACUCACAUAAACUUCUUGUCAAAUUCACCUAUAAAACAUGUGUGCAUAUUUGUUUUUGCGUUUGGUUUGAUUUAUCAUGGCUUGUGAGAUCUGGUCGGUGCUUCAUAAAGGCGUUACAACUGGUGACCCUUGUGACCCUUUAGAAAUGUAUGCAAAUGGAAAUCUGAUGUGUAUUACAAUGUACCAAAAGAAAGGAUCACCAUGACCAGUCGUUUGUACAGUCUCUCCCCCUUGGGGGGCAUUUCAUAAAGCUGUUCGUAAGUUAAGAGCGACUUUAAGAAUGACUGGCGAUCCAUUCUUACGUGCGAAACCAUAGCCAAUGAAUACCAUUUACCAUAAAGGAUCACCAGUUGUUCUUGAAGUCGCUCUUAACUUAUGAACAGCUUUUUGAAACACCCCCCUGUAUUGAUCAUUAUCUGCAAGAACAGCAUUGCAUCGACUGAAUAAACUACUCAAUUAUGUACUGUAUAGUGCGGAUCUGCUUUUCAUGUUUUCCACGUCUCCUGCAAAUAAUGGAGCAUGCAAUGAAGGCCUGUCCUUUCUCUUGCUUUGCCUUGUUCAUUUUUAGAAAUUUCUUCAAUCAUUGAAAUAGGUCUUCUAGUCUUACCCACUUGCUUGCCACUCAUAUAUCCUGUCUUUUGGUAGAUCUGCCUUCACAAGUCAUGAAAUAAUAACAUUACUAUAAAUUCAUUGUGCCUUAUGUCUGUCCUUGUUGCAGUCUGCUAAAGUUGCUGAACUCUAUGCUUUCUUUUUAAUCUAGUGGACAUGGAUGCUGUUAAGAUUUGGAAGAAUGCUCCGAUGUACUAGGGAUAGUGAAUUGUAUUUUCCGUUUCUGAAAAUCUGUAAUUCCAUUUCAACUUGAUCUAAAAAUGGAAAUUUUGUUUUGUCACUGACAUUGUACACAGCAAAAACCUGAAUUCCGUUUUGCAAAGAUGAAUUCCAUGAAUUUUACAUGAAAAGUAUAAGAACCAAAUGGAAUUUCCGUGUUAUUUACCAGUAAAACAGAAAAUAACUGUCCCUACGUAGCACUGUCUCUAGUACUGUUUACACAUAAUCACUUCUUAAUGAGAUUCAUUGAAAUACUUU